AUGACAGACGAUCAACCCUCCAAUGGCAGCUCUGGCAGGUCAGAUCCCACAAACCCGACAACCCAAGCCGCAUAUCGGCUCAAUCAGCUCUCUUCACACAUCUCAGGAAACAAGCCGAACAGUAAAAAAGCCAAAAAGUCCCCAUCCACGCUUCCAGCAGACUACUCUGAUGUCCUCAGCCAAAUCGCAACCUUACGGUCCCUAGCCGCCACCCCCGACUUACAAAAUAGAGGUUAUAUUCGACAAAAGCAGGCUGGAAAACUAUGGGUCCGCGAGCGCAUCGACCAGCUCCUUGACCCGGGAACGUUUCGCGAAGUAGGAUCCAUCAGUGGCACAGUGAAAUGGAAGCAAACCGGCCCGCUGACAGAGACACCUGUGGCAUUUACUCCCACCAACAACCUGCAGGGUCUGGGUAAACUGCGGGGCCGGGCCAUAGUGCUCACGGCCGACGAUUUCAGCAUCCGCGGAGGACAUGCGGAUGGCGCUAUAGCUGAGAAGACCAUGUAUAUGGAGAAGAUGGCCGUUGCGAUGAAAUUGCCGAUUAUAAAAUUAAUCGGACUGGGGGCUGCAAGAGUCGUUUCCUGUCACUUUUCAGUCAUGGCUGCAGACGUGGGCGCUCUGUUCAACGCCGGCCCAAAGGUCGUUGAAGGCGCCACGUUUGAGGAGGGUCUCGAUUUCCAGGACCUGGGCGGUCCCAUGAUGCAUUGCACAAACGGCACAAUAGAUAACCUCGCCGCAAACGAGGCAGAAUGCUUUGAGCAACUGAGAACUGUUCUUGGAUACUUGCCCAAUUCUGGCAGCGAGGCACCACCUACAGUUCCAUGCAGCGACCCAGAAGACAGAGAGGAUAUUUGGCUUCAAACAAUCAUACCAAGGAAGCAAACGAGAAUGUAUAAUCCCCGAACCAUCAUAACAUCUGUUGUUGAUAAAGGAUCUUGGUUCGAGAUCGGAGCAUUAUGGGGGACGACUAGCAUCACUGGCUUUGCCAGGCUGGGAGGUCGUCCCAUAGGAAUUGUAUCUUCAAAUUGUGAGGUAAACAGCGGCGCGUUGGAUGCAGCCGGAAGCCAGAAAUUGACGAGAUUUUUGAAGUUGUGUGACGUGAUGAACCUCCCGCUUGUUCAAUUCGUCGACGUCCUGUCAUUACAAGGCGAGUAUUUGGUGUGGCUGGAGGCAUUAUGGUUGGAUGUCGAGAUCCCGUGA